AGCAUUUCCCAACAGGCGCCCCCCCCCUAAACUCGAGACGAGACGCACUGUCGGUAUCGGUGUCGGUGUCGGGUCAAAUCACUGCCUCGGCUGCGGCACAUGCUAAGCCCACUCUGGGGCUAAGCUCCUGCAGUCUGGGGAAAGCUCAUGAUCAGCCGGUCCAGGCGUUUGCGAAAUUGGGAUUGAUGCCCUCAUGAUUGUAGAUUUCCUGCGCUGUACUACCUCAUCAUAGCCAAUGAUGGCUCCUCGAAAGAAUGCCCAAUCCACUGCAGCCGAGAUCUCUCUCGUUCACCUCAAGAACUGUUUGGUGAACCUCCCCUCUUCACUGGUCUCCUUGCUUGUCAAUAUCAACACGCCGGCCCAAAAUGUUGUCGUCGAACUCAACUACAGAGCUGCCCCCGCCAACGGUUCGGCGCAAGCCAAUGGUGCCUCAUCCCAGCGUUCGAUUUACGUAGGAUGGACUGGCAUGCCCAGCAAGCGAAAGAUUGCUUCUCUUGUUGGUCGCGAUGGCAUCAAUGGAGCACGUGGCAGCAGUGGCAGAGACCAGGAAGUCGCUUCCGUCGAGAUAGACGCUACACUGGCCUCGACCAUAGGACUCAGCGAUGGUCAGAAGGUCAUGGCUAUCAUUCAUGUCGACCCCCCGCUUGCCCAUACAGUGAACAUCGAGCCUCUCACGCCUGAGGACUGGGAGAUCAUAGAACUCCAUGCGACUUUUCUGGAACUCAACAUGCUUUCGCAGAUACGCGCACUGCCAAAUCCAAACUACGCGCCUGGCCAAGGACUGUCGCCGUCGCCACACCCCCUGACGUUACAUUUAUCGCCAACUUCCACCGCCAAUGUCAAAGUGCUGUCGCUCGAACCUGCACCCACUGCAGAUGUCCCUUUCGUCAAAAUCGCCCCCGAUGCCGAGGUUAUUGUUGCGCCCAAGACACGAGCGAAACCGUCAAAAUCUGGUCGCGAAAGCCGUAGUGUCGGAGGCACCUCCAGAAGAAGUGGCAAGAGCUCAGCGAGUACAAUGAGAAGGAAGAGUGCUCGCGAAGAAAAGAAACCGGCACUGUUCCUCAGAGGUAUCGAGCGGAAACUUUGCGACGAAUGGUUUGACGACGAUAUCAGCAACGACCAGGACCUGAGUAUAUGGGUUGAUAGGGACUUGUUGUUGUCAAAAGACUUUAGAGGCGUCAACUAUGCUGCGGUUAACAUCCUCAAGCCCGCUGGUCUUCAGCCACCCGUGGAUCCGCAGAAACAGCAACAAGAGGCGGCUGUUACGGUGGAAUCUGUCAAAGCCAGCGAGAAAAUGAUCGUACAUCUGCGACCAUGGGAUGAUCCUCCUGAUAGCCAAAGUGUAGCUCUGUCCUCUGCUCUGUCUGCUUCUCUCGGGUGCACGGGCAUGGUGGGAGGCGUAGUCAAGGUUGAGCCUGCCCCUCAACCAACCUCGCGGAGCACUAUCCAGCAACUGAAGAUCUAUCCGUUUCAAUGUGCUAACGCGAAGAUCGCAGAAGGUCUCCGAUUUGGUGGAGAAUCUAAAGCCGAGAAAGAAGAGGCUGCCAAGAUGAUUACCCGCAUCUAUAAUGGUGCUAGCAGUAAAGGACUACUGACCGGACCUCUGACUGAUGGCAUGAUUCUUCCCGUACACGAAGGCAUUGAAGUACCACAAGGCUGGGAAGGCGGCAUCAUCAAGCUUGAUCCACCGAUAAUAAAUACCGGGUCAAAAGAACCGCUAAGCUGGUGCCUCGCAUCAGAAAAGCAGGUACCACUCGAUGUCCAGGCUCCUAUAGCCAGGCCGACAUGGUUGGAUGAGAGCGAACAGGAAGCUGGAGAACCUGAUUCUAGUUCAAUAUUGGUCGGCAUUGAUUCUCUCCUAGCCAACGUCAAGUCGCAUUUGUCACAUAUGUCUUCUGUGCUAUUGUCUGGCGCUUUAGGCUCCGGCAAAUCAUCCGUGGCAAAGUCCCUGGCUAAGACUUUACGGCGCGACUAUCUUUUCCACACGACCUAUUUCCCUUGCCGACGGCUUGUCAAUGAUGAGAGUAGGGUCUCUACUAUCAAACAGAGCCUUAGUCGAGUCUUCAUGAGAGCCAGUUGGGGCGCACGACUUGGUGGCAAAGCAAUUGUUAUUUUAGAUGAUCUCGAUAAGCUCUGCCCUACAGAAACUGAACUUCAAGUGGGCAACGACAACGGCAGAAGCCGGCAGAUCAGCGAGAUCAUCUGCUCAAUAGUACGUCAAUACUGCACGCGCGGUAGCAACGUUGUGCUUCUUGCAACCGCGCAAGGCAAGGAUUCCCUCAACAAUGUGAUCAUAGGGGGCCAUGUCGUGCGCGAGAUUGUAGACCUCAAAGCACCUGACAAAGAUGCUCGGAGGCGGGUAGUGGAGGCUGUGAUGGGCCAGUAUACCGUAUCUCCAAGUGCACCGCGCACAUACGAUACGGAUCAUAGUCGUCCAACGACGGCCGACGGAAGUGACAGCCGCGAGGAUAGCGGAACAUGGAUGGAUGGCGGCGGCAGUCAGACUAGCCGGAAGAAUUCAUUGACGAAGCAAAACACGGAAGGCUUUCUUCUUGACCCUGAGGUGGAUUUCCUCGAUAUUGCAGGCGAGACUGAUGGCUAUAUGCCUGGAGAUUUAAUCCUGUUAAUUUCAAGAGCCCGCAACGAAGCUUUGAUACGUUCUGUCAGCGAGAACCCGUCCAACAAAUCAUUCGACGUGGUCCAGCUCAGUCGUGUCGAUAUCGAUAAUGCUCUUAAGGGCUUUACCCCAGCCUCUCUUCGGAAUGUAACCCUUCAGUCGUCAACCACGACGUUUUCCUCGAUUGGUGGUCUCACGGAAACACGGCGUAUCCUCCUUGAGACACUCCAAUACCCUACGAAGUAUGCACCUAUCUUUGCGCAGUGUCCCCUGCGCCUACGUUCCGGUCUGCUCUUAUACGGCUACCCUGGAUGCGGAAAGACGCUUCUCGCAUCGGCUGUCGCUGGCGAAUGUGGUCUUAACUUCAUCAGUGUCAAGGGCCCCGAAAUCCUUAACAAGUACAUUGGUGCGUCCGAGAAAAGUGUUCGUGAUUUGUUCGAGCGAGCCAGCGCUGCCAAACCCUGUGUUCUUUUCUUCGAUGAAUUCGAUUCGAUCGCUCCGAAGCGUGGCCACGAUUCUACAGGUGUCACCGAUCGCGUAGUCAAUCAGCUUCUGACACAGAUGGACGGUGCAGAAGGACUAAGUGGUGUAUACGUUCUUGCUGCUACUUCGCGCCCCGACCUUAUUGAUCCAGCACUUCUGAGACCUGGCCGGUUGGACAAAAGCUUGCUGUGCGAUUUCCCCGACGCUGCCGAGCGCGUUGAUAUUCUUCAAGCACUUGCAUCCAAGGUGAAGUUGUCACAAGAAGUUUUGGGCUCCCAAGACGCACUGCGCGAAUUAGGUCGCAGGACCGAAGGGUUCACUGGUGCGGAUUUACAAGCUCUCAUUAGCAACGCACAACUCGAAGCAAUUCAUGAUGUCCUGAGCGACAUAGAUCUCCAGCCCUCAAGCAAAUCUAGACAGUCCGCCGCUCCAAAAACUGGUGACAUAACCAGACCACGGAACUUCGUCCAAUUCCGGUACGGUGCUGUAGAAGCAUUGGCUGAGGAACAAGAGCGAGCAGCCAAGGGUUACAAUAGAUCAUCUGAACUUGCUCAAAACGCUGCCAUUACCACAAAGUUGCAAGAGAUCAAGCUAGCGCGGAAAAGGGCGAAGCAAUCGCAAAAAGGUUUUGGUGGUUUGCCGAAUGGCAACUAUGAUGGCAAAAGAAACGAACCCAAAGAGAGCACUGGCGAGGUCGUUAUAGGCUGGAAACAUGUGAUCAAAGCACUGGAAGAAACAAGAGCUAGUAUCAGCUCCCAAGAGCGAAAUAGGCUCGCAAGAAUUUAUCACGAAUUCGUUGUAGGACGAAGUGGUGAGAUGCGCGACGGUCAAGGGAGCAUGGAAAUCGGUGGCCGGAGCAGCUUAAUGUAGUACCAAAUCAUAGAGACCCCAUAACGUCAUGCCAGGCAUCUGUGGUCAUCAUCACAAAAACACCAUGGACUUCCAGUGCUUGUCAUGAUCCCGUGUGAUUGAAACCUAACUGUUGAUUCGUGCGACUGUAUCUGGCAUCAGACUGUUAACUGUCACAUACGUUCUCAAGGGCUAUCUCAAACGUAUACACUCUGUUGGACCAGACUGUACCCUGUGUGAGCCCGCAAAGCCUACAUAUGUCUCAACUGUCUGACAGUUGUCUGUAACAAAGAUUUCU